UACUAUGUUCUGCGUUCGCAUUAUCAUUGUUUAUUUAGAGCUACACGUGGCAGUUACUCCAAGGCCUCGCCUAUUGUCACUCGCAUCGAGUACUGCAUCGUGAUCUGAAGCCUCAGAAUCUAUUGAUCGACCAUCUUGGACACAUAAAGCUUGCUGACUUUGGGCUCGCGCGCCUGUUUGCUUUACCUAUGAGGAGCUACACUCACGAGGUAGUGACCUUGUGGUAUCGCGCUCCGGAAAUUCUGCUUGGUACAAGGUAUUACACAGCAGCAGUUGAUACUUGGAGCUUGGGUUGCAUUUUCGCCGAACUGGUAAGUUUCUUGUGCUUCUUCACCCGAGAUGUUGCCAUGUUCUAUUGUCAGUGCAUGAAUCGACCGCUGUUCCCGGGUGAUUCAGAAAUAGACCAGCUGUUUCGUAUUUUCCAAGUGUUGGGCACCCCUGAUGAGACCAUUUGGCCCGGAAUCUCACAGCUGUCCGAUUACAAGUCGAACUUUCCGUGUUGGAAGCCGGUUUCGUUCCAACGCUUGUUUCCUACAGUGGAGGAAGACGGCAGAGAAUUGCUUUCAGUAAGUUUUUCGCUCGUUCUUCGUUUUUGUUCCGUUUAUGCUAACCGCGCUUCAUUCCCGUCACGAUUGCCUAUCGUUCCGUUGUCUGUCUCGACUGUCGUUCUAAAAUUAUUACCAAACUUUUCAUUAAUUAAUUAGGC